AUUUGGUUAAUAUUUGCAGUUCAACAUAGUAUAAUUUUAAAAUUUUUUCACUGUUGAUAAAUUUUGUUCAGAUAACAUUGAGAUGAUCUAGUAAAUGUCCCAAGUUCUGCUCUACAACAUAAAUGCUGUAUAAAUUAGAAUGGUAUAAAUACUUGAACACCACAAUGCCUUUUUGAAUAUUAUUUCCAACAGUGACAAAAAUUAUUCAUUACACAAGUUACCUAUAGCUAUAAUAUAGUGACUAAACUUUUCGAUUGCAUUUUAUCGGGUAUAUUUUCAAUUAUAGAAAUAGAACAACUGCAAGUAAUAACCUGUCGAUGAGCAGCGAUGUGCAGUCACGAAGAACAAGUUGCGAUUCUGAAAGAAAAAAAAACAUAAAUUACCAACAAAUUCUUCAAAAUAUCUGGGAGUUGAAAUGACUGACCAAUAUAUUGAUCAGUCAAUUUUUAUACGAAGUAACAAACAAACUCAAAUAGCAUUUCCUAACAUAGUAGAACAUUUACAAUUAAGUCGAAAUAAAACUUACCAAAAAUAGGAGACUCUAGAAGCACUUUUCGCCUCGACGGUUGCUUGUAGAAAAUGAAGUACUGUAGCUUCGUCAGGGGGGCCUUUUUAUACUCCAUCCCAGUCCACUGUUCCUAUGCAAGUUCGUCACGCAUUUCUACGCGUCUAUGCGAGUCUCCGAGUCAGCAUCUGGGGAAGGGUAAAAAGCCGACCAAUCAGAACGGAACAUUUCCUUUUUUGGAAGUUUCGAGGAAAAAAGAAAGCCAUUUCCGGUUUCAGAAGUUUCGAGAACAUUUUCCUUUGUCAUAAAGUUAUUUUAUGAGUCAGUCCCAGGGGAAACGAUAUUUUUUUGUUGUUGCAGCUGCUUUUUCAGUGAGUUUUGAUCGGGGUCAACACACUGGGGGAACAAAAAAAGGAUAAAAGCAACUUAGAAACAGGAUACGCUCGCAGCCUUGGGAUAUAAACUUUUUUUGUACGUGUUAUUUCAGCCGUUUGGUUUGUUUCUCUUCUACGCUUGAUGACCUUCAUGGAAUUUUGUCAUUGACGCGCCCUUCUUCGUUCAUGGUAAACUUGUAUAGACUUUUUUUUAACACGUCAGGCGCACAUGUGAACACAGUUAAGUUUGGUAAACAGUUGUUUAGUGCACAUAUCAUGGAAGCAAAUCAAUUAAGUGAAGCAGAGCGCAGCAAUCAAAGAAGGAUUAAAAAUCGCCAAUCCACCGAAUUCAACAAUGAAAUAAACAAUCCAUGUUCUAAGGAACACAAAAUGGCUAAUGAAUGUUCUGUCAAACAUUUUGAAGAUCGGGACAAGUGCAAAGCAUAUUUUGCAAACUAUCGCAGUUGUAUGGAAUUUUGGACAAAUAUUAAAGCUGAGAGAAGACGAGAGAGAAUUCGUCCACUGUUACCUCCACCUGAAGAAAGGGAACAAAUUCUCAGAGAUGCUAGAAGUAAAGCAAAGCUGUCGUAAGCAAUAUUUAGUGUGUUGCUUUUACUGUCUUAGUUCUGUGAUAAAGAUUAUACUUUACAUCUUAAUGGUAAAGACCUUUUAUUUCAUCUACAUAAGUAUUUUUCACAAUAAAAGUGAAAUAUCGGAG